AUGAGUGAAGUUUUCUUUUUGUUUUAUUUAUCUAAUUGUAAUAAUGAUUUUGUUUUUUGGUUUUUCUUAACUAGUACUUAUCCAAAAGCAAUACCAUGGAGUUUACUUGUUAAAACUCAACAACAAAAUCCUUUUCGAUCAAAAUCAUUAGUUGGUUGGUGGCCUCAAGCAUCUUUGUUUAAAGUAGCAAUUGAUUCAAAACAAAAAGCUAAUUGUCUUUGGUUUAUUUGUGGUAAAGCAAUUUUCAUAUUCAAUUUUGUGCCCAAACAUAAAAAUGAUGAACUUAUUAUUGCACAUAAUAAUAAAAUAAGUUCAUUUCUCAAAGAAAAUCAAAAACAAUUUACAUUUUUACUUGAUAAAACAAAUAAAAUUCGACUUGAUGAAAUUUUAAUCAACUUAAAAUAA